AUGCGAGGUGAAGCAGAAUUAUCGCCAUCCGCACGCGAAGCAUACGACAGCUUCCUGUCCGAUACAUCACUCUUCGCGCUUCCAUUUAGAUUCACAGAUGGUUCGCUUCAAUCACUGGAGGCAGUAUACUAUCCUCAAGGUCUCAAAUCCAGUUUCCAGAAUGCAUUGGCUGAGCUGGACGCCAUUCUUGACCCGAAAACUUCGCUCUUCCUCGUCAUUCGGCGUAAUGUUUCUGUGACUGCGAUUACUUUCGUUCCCUACCUCGCAGAAAAGGGGACCAGACAGUCUUAUAUUGACUCAAGACACGACUUCAUACGGCUGUUGGGAGAGAAGGGUAUUUCUUCGUCCAUCAUUUGUAAAGAGGUAGGAGAGAUUACAGAUGUUCGAGCAUGGAACGAGCGCGACGGAGACGGAGAUCCCUGGAUGGUUGCACACCACUCUGCACAUACAGAGGAGGCUCUAGAUGCCGAGACGAAAAGUGAUGAAAAUGCCGUGACCAAGGACCUCGGACAUAGGGUCACUAAAUGUCGGUUGUGUGAUCGCCGGAUGAGAAAUCAGAUCGAGCAGAAUGCUGUGGAAGCAUUGAAGAACCUGAAUGAAAAUGAGGACUGCGUUCAGCUUUCUGUGGAUAUUACCACCGAGAAACUGGUGCUCAACUUCCAAGCGAGCAACAUUGCCCCAGAUGAAGUCGCAGCCAGAAUCCCAAAAUCGAAACCAAGCUAUACCUUCUAUCGCCACCCAGCAUCGGGCUUGCUGUACUUUAUCAAUUCAUCCCCAGACGCCGCGACUGUGAAAGAGCGUAUGACCCACACGAUGGCAGUGCCGGGGUUGGUGAACAUAAUCGCUAAAGAGCAAGGGGCAGCGACUGAUCGAAAAGUUGAAAUUCAUGACCCUGAAGAUCUGAUGUUUGAGGAGAAUGAUGAAACGAUUGGCCGGUUUAGGAGUAUUUACUUACUGAACAAAAGUGUGGGCACUGAGAGUGUUUGGGAGGGUAUGCCUGUCGCGUAA